AUUUGCACAGCCUAGCGCGCUCCUUGCCCCCAAGCAGCAAUGCCGGCGGUGGCGUCACUACCGCCACCGGCACCGGGGCCGGCCGCAUUGCGUCGCCGGAGGUUCUCCCCCGCGUCGGCGUCUCUGCGUCGCGCCGCAUCCGGAGGGGGCUCGAGCUGGCGGAGCGAGCGGCGGCUCAUGUCGGAGCUGGAGCGCACGGUGACGGCGGACGCGGCGGAGCGCGUCAUCCGCGGCUACGUCGGCACCAAGUCGGAGCGCGCCGCCCUCGCGGCGUUCUCUCGCCUCCUCAUGGACUCCGACCCCCUCGCCGUCCCCUUCUACGAAGCGGUGACCCAGGCCCGGUGGUUCAAGUGGAGCUCGAUCCACGCCGCAGCCGUCGCCGCCUUGCUCGAAGCCAACGGCGCCGCGGAGGGAUCCAGAUCCCUCAUCGCCGACUCCGCCGCGCGGCUCGAGUCCGGCGCCGAGCUGGCUCUCUUCUACUGCGACCUUAUGGCGGCCUUCUCCUCGCGGGGCCUGAAGCGACGGGCCAUGGAUUUCUACGCGCAGCUCCGGGCGAUGCCGACGCCGCUGCCCGGGGGCGGCAAGACCUACAUGGCCAUGAUUAAAUCCCUCUGCAUGUUGGGCCUCGCCGCCGAGGCCGAGGAGGCGCUCAAGGAGAUGGUGUCUCUGGGGUACCAGCCGGAUGCGUUUCAGUUCGGAUUGGUGGCGAAAUGCUAUGGGAAGGCAGGUCAAUUGGCUGAGAUGGAGAGGGUGAUUGCAUCCAUGUCGGACGCUGGCAUCCGGCUGGGCACUGGCGCGGCGAACAUUGUCCUCUCAUGCUACAGCGCUUGCCGUGACCAUGGCAAGAUGCUAGCGUGGCUGAAGAAGAUGCGGAAGUUGCGCGUUGCACCGACAACCAAAGCCUACAAUUUCGUGCUCAACUCCUGCCCGACGGUGGUGUCGAUGGCUCACCAAUUGGACCCUUCGCUCCCUCUAUCGGCGGCGCAGUUGGUGAGGAAGCUCAAGUCUGCAUCUCCAUGGCCGGCAGAAGCUGAGGUGGUGCAGGAGCUCCUGGCCACCUCAUCAGUGUUGAACAAGGCGAUGGUUUGGUCAGAAACUGAGGUGAAGCUGAACCUGCAUGGGUUCAGUAUAACUUCAGCCUAUGUGCUGAUGCUGCAGUGGGUGGACACAGUGAAAGGUGGCCGCACGUUGCCAUUGGAAGUGUCUGUGGUGUGCGGUGUCGGGAAGCACAGCGAUGUCCGGGGCGAGCCCAAAGUGCGGGAGCUGGCACAAGAGGUUCUGAGCUGGAUGGGGAGCCCUCUGCGUCUGUCCGCGAGGAACAAAGGUCGGCUCGUGGCGAAGCGAGACAGGGUGCAACAAUGGCUGGCCACCGAGUGGACUAACGUGGUGCCUGAGGAGAGCACGGAUCAGUUGCCCAAUGCAAGUGAUCAGCAACCAUUUUUGCCCAAUCUUUUAAGAAAGCUCGGGCAGUUUUUUUCCUCAUUUGUGCCAGUUUCCAGAUGAAUGGCAAGUUGUUUAUUGUAGAGCAAGAGGUUCAGAAUAGGCAUAAUAUCGUCCUUAUGUUGUGGAUUAAUACAAGAUGGUUGUUGUGUGAAUGCUGGAAAAAAUAAUCAUCUCUUUUCGAAUGGUGAACUUGGGUCUUACAGCACGGAAGUAACUAAGCCUCUGAAUGCAUAUUAGACUUGUCCAUCGAGUCCUUGGCAGCUGCCUUAAGAAACCUAUUGAAAAUGGGAAGUUUAAUUGUUCCUAGUAACCUCAGUCGUGUUUUUCAAGUCCUGCACAAGAACAUCUACUGGAUCUCGGGUAUGUGCAUCCUAGUACUGACAUAGCUGCAUCUUACCCAAAAUAAUCGAAGCUGAUAGUAUUAUUUCUUGAGCUGUAACAGAUCUUUGUUAGUGUAUAACUGCUCAUUAUCUUAUUGGAGUAAAGCCAGUGCCUCUAUUCCUCUGAAUUUGUUUUGUUUGUUUAGCCAAUAAAUACCAUUUUAUAUAUCACGUGCUAGGUUUACUGUUGGAGAUAUUGUUACAUGUACUAUCAAGUACUUUUGUUUACUUUUGGAUAUUAGUUGAGGUAGGUCUAAUUUCUGUGUCAGAUCAUUUUUCUUGAAGUUCAGCAGCGAAUUGUUUCUUUUAAGGUUGAAGGUGUUCAUGGCUCCCAGCAUUGAGAUUCAGCGUGGGAAGUGUCCUGGGAUGAUACGAUCAGUAUCUUACAAAAUCGGCCAGGUUGUAGAUGAAAAACUUAUUCAACAGGAUUACAAUAAUAACUGGUGGAGCCACUAAUAUUUAGGAACGGAGGGAGUAGAUAGAUAGAUUGUCUGGUGGAGCCACUAAUUGCACAUGAUUGCUUUCCAUGCACCAUGUGCAUACCAUCACACAGGAUUCACUCACAUGAGUUGUGCGCGAUAGAGCCAGAGCCCGUCAUCACGAACACUUUACGUCUGUGGACCAUGUGCAGAACAUCACACAUAGUUAGACUUAACCAAAACAUCAUCAUCAUCAUCAUCCAAAGUGCUUGCCGUGACCAUGGCAAGAUGCUAAUGUGGCUGAAGAAGAUGUGGAAAUUGCGUGUUGCACCGACCAUGAAAGCCUACAAUUUUGUGCUCAACUCGUGCCCAAUGGUGGUGCACGAGAGAACCUGUCAAGGUCGUGCAUUCCCAGGCCUUGAUCUGCUUGCGAACAGACUAGUUUCCAAUUCCCCUUGCAGUGCACGCCAGGUUCAGGACAGCAUCACGUGGCGACUGGAUCCUUCUGGGCAGUACAACGCAAGCUCAGCAUACAAUUUUCAGUUUCAGGGAAUUCAAAAAACGGACGACAAACAGCUAAUUUGGAAGACCUGUGCUCCCGGCAAGACAAAGUUUUUCUUCUCUGCAAGAUCGACUGUCGUGCAAUGCCAGGCUGCAGAGAAGGGGUUGGGAAAACGGAUAUUUAUGACAGGCUGCAGAGAAGGGGUUGGGAAAACGGAUAUUUUUGCGCUAUGUGCAUGAGGAACCUGGAGUCCUCAGUUCAACUUUGCUGGGACUGUCCGGUAUCUCGUGAGGUUUGGCGAAGAGUUUCACUUUGGCCGGGAUGCAAUGCUCUCACAGUGGCUACUGAAAGGUUUUCAAGAUCAUGAAAGCAAUGGGUGUGGAGGGUAUUGCCAGAGCAGGGCUCUGCCUCACAAGAAGAGAGUUAAGACCUGAUAAUGCUGGUAGCUUGCCACAUAUGGACGGAAAGAAACUGCCGCACUUCCGGAGCAAAAAUUCCCCAAAUUAGUAGCGUUCUCGCUGCUAUCAGGCGCGAAAUGCCUAGAGACACCCCUAGGGGACCCAGGUUGAGAUGUAGGCUAGAACUCUUUCCAUGAUGCUGUGACAUCUCUUUCUUGUAAACUACAAAGAUCAAUUGAUCAUGAACACCUUUUUUUGCUUC